AAGUUGCUCUUGGUCCACGGCGCUCGGAGCUACCAGUACCUGUCCAAGCUCAUCCUCUACUCGUUCUACAAGAACGUCGUGCUGUACAUGACCCAGUUCUGGUUCUCGUUCUUCAACAACGUUUCGGGCCAGAUCGCGUACGAGUCCUGGACCGUCGUCUUCACCGUCCUCCCGCCGCUCGUCAUCGGCAUCUUUGACCAGUUCGUCUCGGCCCGCAUCCUCGAUCGCCAUCCGUAG